CAAACUAGUACAAAAAGAAAAAGAGACCCAAGAUGAAGUAUAGGAGGAUAGGGUCACCAACAAGCCGAGUCCUGUACGGCUCCACUACCACUCUUAUAAUAACCCUCCUCAUUUUAAUGGCGACUCGUUUUUCUCUAUCUCGUGCAGCUCACUUUUGCUUAAAACCCCCUCGUUUUUCCCGUCCAUCUACUAAAUACCUACUUCAGUGCCGUUCUUGUCCCCUUUGGUCCUCCUCUUUCUCUCUCUGUCUUCACACUUUGCACAAAUCAAAAUCAACAACAUCUCCUAAUCGCAAAUCCAUCACCACCGUCCGAUCAUUCUCGGUUUCGGGUCUUCCUUCUACAAUGUCUAUCACUUCCGAUGAUGACAACAAUCCACUAUUAAAGGACUUCGAUUUCCCACCGUUCGAUGUAAUCGAAGCCAAACACGUCCGUCCUGGAAUUCGUGCCUUGCUUAAGCAAGUUGAUGAGGAUUUGGAGGCUUUGGAGAAGACAGUGGAGCCUACGUGGCCGAAACUGGUGGAGCCGUUAGAGAAGAUAAUUGAUAGAUUGACGGUUGUUUGGGGUGCAGUCAAUCAUCUCAAAUCCGUUAAAGAUAAUCCUGAACUUCGUUCCGCUAUCGAAGAAGUUCAGCCGGAAAAAGUUGCUUUUUCGCUUAAAUUGGGUCAGAGCAAGCCGCUCUAUAAUGCAUUCAAAGCCAUCCGAGAGUCUCCUGACUGGGACUCUUUGAGUGAUGCUCGUAAACGAAUAGUUGAAUCGCAAAUAAAGGAGGCUGUACUAAGUGGUAUCGCUCUUGAGGAUGAUAAAAGAGAGCAAUUUAACAGGAUUGAACAGGAUUUAGCAAAGCUAUCUCAGAAAUUUGAGGAAAAUGUUUUAGAUUCCACCAAGAAGUUCGAAAAAUUAAUUACAGAUAAGAAAGAUAUUGAGGGAUUGCCUGCCACAGCUCUUGGUUUGGGUGCACAGACAGCAGUGUCUAAGGGGCACGAAAAUGCUACUGCAGAAGACGGGCCAUGGAUAAUCACAUUGGAUGCGCCAAGUUAUAUGUCUGUCAUGCAACAUGCAAAGAAUAGAGCUCUAAGAGAGGAGGUGUACCGUGCUUAUCUAAGUCGUGCUUCUAGUGGAGACCUUGAUAACACUGAGAUAAUUAACCAAAUUCUUAAACUUAGAUUGGAAAAGGCUAAGCUCCUUGGAUACAAUAACUAUGCGGAGGUAAGCAUGGCGAUGAAAAUGGCCACUGUUGAAAAAGCUGAAGAGCUUUUAGAAAAGCUUCGCAGUGCUUCUUGGGAUCCUGCAGUCAAAGAUUUGGAAGACCUGAAAGAUUUCUGUAAAAGUCAAGGUUCUCCAGAAGCUGAUGAUCUGAACCAUUGGGAUAUUACUUUCUGGAGUGAGAGGCUUCGAGAAUCUAAGUAUGAGCUAAACGAGGAAGAACUACGCCCAUACUUCUCGUUGCCUAGAGUUAUGGAUGGUCUUUUUAAACUUGUAAAUACGCUGUUUGGUAUCAAUGUUGAGCCUGCUGAUGGAUUAGCUCCGGUUUGGAACAACGAUGUCCGGUUUUAUCGCGUGAAGGAUUCCUCUGGAAGUCCCGUGUCCUACUUCUAUUUUGAUCCAUACUCCCGUCCAUCUGAGAAACGUGGAGGUGCAUGGAUGGAUGAAGUUGUUAGCCGAAGCCGUGUAUUGUCACGAGAUGGUGCCUCUGCUAGAUUGCCUGUUGCACACAUGGUUUGUAAUCAAAUGCCACCUGUUGGGGAUAAGCCCAGCCUAAUGACAUUCCGUGAGGUUGAGACUGUUUUCCAUGAAUUUGGACACGCCCUUCAGCAUAUGCUAACUAAGCAGGAUGAGGGUUUGGUUGCUGGUAUAAGGGGCGUAGAGUGGGAUGCUGUGGAAUUGCCAUCGCAAUUCAUGGAAAAUUGGUGCUAUCACAGGGAUACUCUGAUGGGUAUUGCUAAGCAUCAUGAGACUGGAGACACUCUCCCAGAAGGCAUAUACAAGAAGCUUCUUGCCGCUAGGACUUUCCGUGCUGGUACCUUAAGCCUUCGGCAGUUGAGAUUUGCAACUGUUGAUCUUGAGUUACAUGCAAAAUAUGUUCCGGGUGGUUCGGAAUCAAUCUAUUGUGUUGACCGACGGGUCUCUAAGAGAACCCAAGUGCUUCCUCCACUCCCAGAGGAUAAGUUCCUUGCCAGUUUCAGUCACAUUUUUGCUGGUGGAUAUGCUGCUGGAUACUACAGUUACAAGUGGGCAGAGGUUUUGUCUGCAGAUGCUUUCUCUGCUUUCGAGGAUGUUGGACUAGAGAAUGAGAAGGCUGUAAAAGAAACAGGCCAGAGAUUCAGGGAGACCAUUCUUGCUCUUGGAGGUGGAAAGGCUCCACUAGAGGUUUUCGUGCAAUUCAGAGGCCGGGAACCUUCUCCAGAACCACUGCUUAGGCAUAAUGGCCUCCUGCCAGUUACCGUCUCUUCAUGAGAUCAAUCUUGGAACCUUCUGCAGUCUUAGUGCAUAUUUAAAGGCCAUUAGAGACAUUUGCAUGCUUUCAGGUUUUUGAGGAGACUUGACUUCAGGAUGCAACUGUAAUUGUUUUCAAGGCAUUAUAUAUUAUUUACUUUGGAACAAGCAUUGUUACUGAUUUACCGGUUAUAAAUGGAUUUCUCGUC